UGCAAUUGCAAUCAAGAAACUAAGAAAGAUGGCAGGUCUGCAGAAUGAGGAACACUUAGGUCCCACACCAAUGGGACACAGUACUCGUAUAGCAGCCGUUAAUUUGCAGGGCCAGACCCCACCUUAUUCCGUUGAUCAUGAUCAAGAUCAAGAUCAUCUACAGGACCCAGCUGCUGCUCACCAGAAAGCCGGAUGGAGAAAAUUUCUAGCCUAUGUUGGACCAGGUUUCUUGGUUUCUUUGGCUUAUCUUGAUCCUGGAAACCUGGAGACUGAUAUGCAAGCCGGAGCAAACCAUGGUUAUGAGCUUCUAUGGAUCAUAGUCAUCGGCUUGGUUUUUGCUCUGAUAAUUCAGUCACUUGCUGCAAAUCUUGGUGUAAGCACAGGAAAACAUCUGGCUGAGUUGUGCAAGGUGGAGUACCCAAAAUAUGUGAAGCUUUGUUUAUGGUUACUGGCUGAGGUUGCUGUCAUAGCUGCAGAUAUACCAGAAGUAAUUGGAACAGCUUUUGCACUAAAUAUACUGUUUCAUAUCUCACUAUGGAUUGGAGUUCUAUUGACUGGUUUUAGCACUCUCCUGCUUAUUGGCCUGCAGAAAUAUGGGGUUAGAAAACUAGAAAUGUUGAUAACAGUGCUGGUAUUUGUGAUGGCUGCAUGUUUCUUUGGGGAACUCAGUUACGUAAAGCCUCCUGCAGUAGAUGUGAUUAAGGGCAUGUUUAUUCCCAAGUUGUCCGGCCAAGGAGCCACCGGAGACGCCAUUGCCCUUCUGGGUGCCCUUGUUAUGCCACACAAUCUUUUUCUUCAUUCUGCUCUCGUGCUCUCCAGAAAAAUACCCAACUCUGUCACCGGCAUCAAUGAUGCAUGUAGAUAUUUCCUUAUGGAGAGUGGAAUAGCAUUAUUUGUAGCUCUCUUAAUCAAUAUAUCAAUUGUUUCUGUGACUGGAACUGUUUGCAUGGCCAACAAUCUCUCAUCUCAAGACACUGAUAGAUGCAAUGAUCUCACACUUAACUCUGCUUCCUUCCUGCUCAAGAAUGUGCUAGGAAAGUCCAGCUCAACCAUAUAUGCCAUUGCAUUAUUAGCCUCAGGACAAAGCUCCACCAUCACAGGAACCUAUGCUGGCCAAUUUAUCAUGCAGGGCUUCUUGAAUCUUAAGAUGAAAAAAUGGAAGAGAAACCUAAUGACAAGGUGCAUAGCCAUUACUCCUAGCCUUAUUGUCUCUAUUAUAGGUGGAUCUUCUGGGGCAGGUCGAUUGAUUAUCAUUGCAUCGAUGAUACUUUCAUUUGAGCUUCCAUUUUCACUCAUCCCACUUCUUAAAUUCAGCAGCGGUUCCACCAAGAUGGGACCAUAUAAAAAUUCAAUCUAUAUUAUUGUAUUUUCGUGGAUUCUAGGCUCGUUGAUCAUCGGGAUCAAUGUGUAUUAUCUAAGCACAGGCUUCGUGGACUGGUUAAUUCACAACAACUUACCAAAAGUUGGAAAUGUGUUUAUUGGGAUCAUAGUAUUUCCGCUAAUGGCAAUCUAUAUCCUCGCAGUCAUAUACCUGACUUUUAGAAAAGACAGAGUUGUAACGUUUAUUGAACCAACAAAGAGUGAUCCAAUUAUCCAAACUAGCAUUGAAAGUGGGCUACGAAAAUCUGAAGAGGAAUUGCAGAUGCAUCAGGUUAAUUACAGAGAGGAUUUAGCACAUGUCCCACUGCCAGAGUAGUAAGAUUUUCAAUUGCAUGGACAAAAGAUUAUUCUGCACUUGUGAAAUUUUACCUGUGAUGUCUCGGUUGUUCAAGUUUCCUUUUUUAACAAUGCUGAGAAGUUAUGUAGUGCAUG